UCAUGCCUGCAAGUUUUGGCUCGUCCAUGUCCACAAAGUAGCUAACCCCAGCUGGGAACUAAACCAACACACUGGGUGGAUUAGGAUGAUAAGACUAGCAUGGCGUCGGUCGACGUCCAGAAAUACUGUAGAGCCCGCACGCCUUUUACCUGGAGCUGUGUUGAGAGCGGACAGUGCUCAGCAGAACCCGGGGGGUCACAUUAAGUGUUUCAGACAAAUCCUCCACCCACCAAGCGGGAGGUCACCGCUGCACAGCCAUCCACAGCCGGCCUUCUACCUCAGCUCAUCUGUCUUCAUGAGCAUGGCGUCAGGAGGUACAUCAUCCACCCCCCACAAACACACCAACAGGUUGGCCGAGGAGAGGUCGCCCUACCUGUUACAACACGCACACAACCCCGUUGACUGGUAUCCAUGGGGACAAGAUGCUUUUGAAAAGGCGAAGAAUGAAGACAAACCGAUCUUUUUAUCAGUCGGCUACUCGACGUGCCAUUGGUGCCAUGUUAUGGAGCGAGAAUCUUUCGAAGAUGAGGAAAUUGGCAAAAUCCUUAGUGACAACUUUGUCUGCAUCAAAGUAGACCGAGAAGAGAGACCCGAUGUGGACAAGGUCUACAUGACCUUUGUACAGGCAACAUGCGGUGGUGGAGGUUGGCCCAUGAGUGUGUGGCUGACCCCUGACCUACGACCUUUCAUUGGAGGCACCUACUUCCCUCCCACGGAUCAUGCAAGAAGACCUGGGCUCAAAACGGUUCUCAACCGAAUCAUUGAACAGUGGCAGAAUAACCGUCCUGCUUUGGAGUCCAGUGGAGAGAGGAUCCUUGAAGCCUUAAAGAAAGGCACUGCCGUCGCCGCAAACCCAGGAGAGAGUCCUCCACUGGCCCCCGAUGUCGCCAAUCGCUGCUUCCAGCAGUUGGCGCAUUCCUACGAGGAGGAGUACGGUGGCUUCAGAGACGCUCCAAAGUUCCCCACACCAGUGAAUCUGAUGUUCCUCAUGUCUUACUGGUCUGUGAAUUGUGCCACCUCAGAAGGGGUCGAGGCUCUCCAGAUGGCCUUGCACACACUCCGCAUGAUGGCGCUGGGCGGCAUCCACGACCAUGUGGCUCAGGGUUUCCAUCGCUACUCCACAGAUUUCUCCUGGCAUGUUCCCCACUUUGAGAAGAUGUUGUACGACCAGGCUCAGCUGGCUGUAGCCUACAUAACUGCCUCCCAGGUAUCAGGUGAGCAGCUCUUUGCAGAUGUGGCUAAGGACAUACUGCUCUACGUCUCCAGAGACCUGAGUGACAAGUCCGGAGGCUUCUACAGCGCGGAGGAUGCAGACUCUGUCCCGGCAUCAGGGGGACCAGAGAAGCGAGAGGGGGCCUUCUGCGUCUGGACAGCCUCAGAAGUAAGGGAGCUGUUGCCCGACGUGGUCGAGGGCGCCACCGGAGCUGCCACACAGGCAGACAUCUUCAUGCAUCACUAUGGGGUCAAGGAGCUAGGCAACGUGGCUCCGGAACAGGACCCCCACUUGGAGCUGCAGGGCCAGAAUGUGCUGAUCGUGCGUUAUUCGGUGGAGUUAACGGCUGCUCGCUUUGGCAUCAGUGUGGAGAAAGCCAACGAGCUCCUGGCCUCCGCCAGGAUCAAAAUGGCAAAAGUGAGGGAGAGUCGGCCGCGCCCACAUCUGGACACCAAGAUGUUGGCCUCCUGGAAUGGUCUCAUGCUGUCGGCCUACGCCAGUGUGGGAGCCGUGCUGGGGGACAAGGCCUUGCUGGAGAGGGCGGUGCGGGCGGGCAACUUCCUCAAGGAGCACCUGUGGGAUGCCGAACGGAAGACCAUCCUCAGAUCCUGUUACCGUGGAGACGAGAUGGAGGUGCAACAGAUAUCUCCGCCCAUCUCUGGCUUCCUGGACGACUACGCCUUCAUCAUUUGCGGCUUGCUGGACCUGUACGAGGCCACGCUGCAGACGGAGUGGUUGCAGUGGGCGGAGGAGCUGCAGCUCCGGCAGGACGAGCUGUUCUGGGACGACCAGGGCGGAGGCUACUUCUGCAGCGAUCCCAGUGACAGCACUGUGCUGCUGCAGCUCAAAGAGGAUCAGGACGGAGCUGAGCCCAGUGCCAACUCUGUGUCGGCGUCCAAUCUCCUGCGUCUGUCCCACUACUCUGGAAGACGGGAGUGGCUCCAGAGGUCCCAACAGCUGCUGGCAGCGUUCUCCGACCGUCUGACCCGGGUCCCCAUAGCGCUGCCUGAGAUGGUCCAGGCUCUCAUGGCCCAGCACUACACCCUUCAACAGAUCGUGAUCUGUGGCCAGAGGGAUGCCCCGGACACGGCAAGUCUUCUAGCGGCGGUCAACUCCCUCUUUCUACCACAUAAGGUUUUGAUGCACAUCGACGGCGAUGCAGAUGGAUUCCUGCGGCAACGGCUUCCCGCCCUCUCCUCCAUGACCCAGCAAGGUGGUGUGGCCACAGCCUACAUAUGCCAGGACUUCACCUGUUCGCUCCCUGUCACUGACCCCCAGGAACUACGAAGGUUACUGCUGGACGGGACCACGGAGAGACAGGCAGCAUGAACACUGACUGACCUGAGAUUUACCGGGAGGGCUGUAAUCUUCAAAAACGGCACUCUCCUAAGCAGUAGCCGAUAGGUUAUUUCUUCUGUGAGUCUGACUUUGCCGUAUAAGAAUGGCAGUGCUCAUAAAGUUGAUACGCUACAUUGGUAGAAAUAAAUACAUUACCAUUAGAUGGCUGGGGCUUCCAUCCUUUAUUCCAAACUCCAGCAUAUUCUUUAUAAGCAAGACCAGCUAGGUAUUACCUCGAAUAUGGCUUUCAGACACGGUUGAUCAGUGGAGGCAUAUUGAAAUUCAGGUAUCUAAAUGUCCUUGUUAAGAAAUACCUGCAGUGGCAGUCUACUGAGAAUAUGUAGCACUUGUACAAAAUGUCCUGGCUUAACUGUUACCCCCAGAAGUAAACUACAGACUCGUAAAAGACUAUAACACAAGAAAACUUGGAUGAAUUGGACUGGCAAUAUUUUGCAGAUGAACCGAUCUGCCCUGUUGUAACUGAUCUGCCGUGUUGUCCUCUCCUGGCCCUGUGUUCCAGCUCACGUCACAUGGAUCCGACAGUGGAAGUCUGCUUGCCUGUGUGUGUACGUGUAUGAAAAAAAAAAAGGUUGGUUUGCAGGUUUGUGCAUCAAUUUCAAAAGGUUUAUUGUGUGUGCAUUUGGUUUCAUUUGAAGUCACGUCACUGUGAAUGAGCAGCUCUUCUCAGGAUCCUCCGUUAGCCAUCUGCUCUCACCCCUGUUUUGGAUUCAACGUGAGAGGAUUCUUCUCCACUGCUGCAGAGACUUGUGACUCGUGGCUUUUAUCUUGAGGUUUAGUACAAUGCCUCAGCAUGUAUACGCACAACCCUGAAUAAUAAAUAGAUUUCCCUUUAUAAGCAGUGUCCAUGACGUUUUUUGGAAUGGAUGCUUUCUUCUGUUUUGCAGUUUUUAUUCUCUGGGUGUCUUGAAACAUGGAU